AUGAAAACACUGGUAAUCACAGCAUCCUCCUCCGUGAAAUCCACCGCCACCACCAUGGACGAAAGCCGAUCUGAAACCAGAGACACCUUUUACUUCCCGGGAUGCCGGAAAGACGCUAACUGCAACUGCGAGAUGUGCCUGGCCAGCAUCAAUGCCACCCUCGAUCUCAUCCCCGCAAGCUCACUCACCAAACUCUCGGCCUCGAAACCCGUCCCAAGAACCCCCAUUUCGUUUAAUCCUUCGGUCAUAUCCACGCCCACAUCCAGUAAUAGUCCUCGGAUUCUGGUGUCGCCUCCUUUCAGUUCCACGGCGAGAAUGAUUUUCCGUGACAAGACGAGGAGGAAGAAAAGAGAGCUGAGUAUUGGGUUCUUGAUGGUGAGAUUGGUUCUGGGUCUGAGCUUGGUUUUCUCGGCCGACGGUGGAUUUUCUUGGGCGGUUUCCAAGGCUCUAAAGCCCGAGUUGUCACCCGAGAUAGUGAGGAAUUUGGGAGAGAAAUCAUGGGUUUCGCAGAAUUUAACCGAGAAAUUGGAAUUAUUGCAGAAAGAGCUACAGAGUUUGACGAAUGGGAAGGUUUCAGAUUGCAGUUCUACUGAUUCUUUGUGGAAAAUUCAUCAGGAUGGUUUGCUAUUGAAUUCAGAGUGUACGCUGUACAAGUCUGCUACGGAGGAGGUGAGCAUAUGGGGAUGGCCUUUGCAGACUGCUGGAUUGCUCACAGCUGAAUUUUCUUCACGAUCAUUCACAAUCUUAUCUGGAAGAGUUACAGAGUGGGUUGAUGGGAAGGUCAGCUAUUCAACUAGGAAGGCCAACCAGUCCUGGUUACACCAGAAAUGGAGCGCCUCAGCAGUUCAAUUAGAUCAAAAAACCUGGAUUCUUGAAUAUAAGCAUGCCGGAGUAUUGGAGAACUCGAGGUUGAUUUCUGCAGCGCUGGAAUUUCUUAAGUUCCGGUUGUCAAGAGAAGUCAAGAGGAUGAAUCAAGGGUUCUGGCUGUUGCCUGCUUCGGAAGCGCAGGAAAAUGAUUUUGUAGGCUUCAGAGUCCCAACGUGA